AUGUUUCAUAAACAAGUGUCAGAAUGUCUAGCUGACAUUUGUCAUUUAUUUCAAUCAUGUGCAAAUGGUUACGCACUACAUCGUACAGACGAUGGACAUUUUGUUCAGUUGAAAUUUGGAGUAGAUCUCAUUCGGGCUUACGCAUCUACAAAGUCGGAGAAGUCUAAAUCUGCAUUAUUAAAUUUAUUCGUUCAACAUUUAGUACGAUUUGAAGAGAAAGUUGGUACAAAGAUGAAAUCAUUCAUUUAUCUCAUGCACGAUUUAUUUGAUGAAUUAGAAAAACAUGAUUACAGUGAUAGACGUCAUUUACUUUCGAAAUUGCAUGAUCAGAUGUUGACUAUCCAUUAUCCAUCAUGUACAGGAGAUGACAAAUCGGUUUAUGAAAAUUUGAUUUCACAUAUACUAAGUUCAUUACCAAAUUUUGAUCGAAAAGAUUAUUACAAAAAAUUAAUACUUAAUCUUAUCCGAAAAAGUGAAUUUCAUCUCGAUAAUUACAUUCGCUAUAUUCAUCAACUAUCACACGUAACUGUUGGCUUACCAAUUACCAAAUCUCAUUUUAUGGAUGGAAUAUUAAUUCCUGUUCAAACCCAAACAAAAUUAAAGUCACUUUCGUCAGACAAUUCCCAAGUGAACAUUCUCUUCUUAAAUCUUAAAUCGGAUCAUCAGUCUCAGUUUUAUUUUUCAAACGAGUCAUCAUCGUUUUAUUCAUAUGAUACAGAACUCUAUCGUCGAUUUACUCAAUAUAUCAAAUCAAAGUAUGCCAUAAAUCUUAUUUUAUCUUCAGCAUUUAUCAAUGAAACGUUUAUGCAUGAAUUAUACUCUCAACAAGUCAAUGUUAUUGAUUCAAUUGAUAAUGAAACAUUCGAUUUUUUACUUGAUGUUUAUCAGUGUGUGCCAAUCAGUGAUCUGAAUGAUGUAAUCGACGGUGAAGUUCGAAGCGUGACAUUAAUUCAACGAAAUUUGACAAUUAAUCAACAAUGUUAUAUUCAUCUAUCAUGCGACUCGAAAUAUCAAACAUUAAUCUCUUGUGUACAAACACCCACAAUGGUUUUGACGACGCAAAAAGCAUUCCUAAAUCUGCUCAGAUUACUUCGUUUUGUCGGAAACAGUGAUAACAGAACGGCUAAACGUGUUAUUGAUGUUUAUAAAGCUUACUAA